CAGGUCUCAAAAUCCCGCCGGGUCCAUGGAGCCUCCAUGGUCGACCACCGGAUUCCCAAAUCCCGCCCGGCGGAGACGCAGACCAGAGACGAGAUAAAAGACGGUCUCCGCCUUUCUCUUAGAAUUCCAGGUCAGUCAAAUCCGUUCCGCGUGUCUGAUCAAGAGGAUUUCAGAAAUGGAUAGUGUUUGCUUAAGAACCUUCAGGAGAUUUGAGAAUGGCACCGCCCAAUUCGGCCGUAGCCGCCGCCUCUGCCGGCGACUGCACUCUUCAGGCUGUUGGCCACAAGGACUCCUUGAACAGGUCGCUCUCUCUUCUUUUGGUCCUUUGAAUAUAUGGGUUUAUUUAUCUUUACUUAAUCGGAAUGUUGAAUGUCUUCGCUGAACGGAGAAAGAUUCCUCCGGCGACCAUUUCCUCUUGUAUUGAAGUUUCGUCAUGGAUGGUAUUGGUAAAUCAUAUUCUCCCUUUUGCUUCUGUAUUUGUAUUCAAAUAGAUACGAACAGAAGAAUACGAAUCGAUUCCCCACCCCAUAAACAACAAAAUUUUCACAGGUAGCACAUUAUAUAAAACCAUGGAUGGCCGGCAGUAAUGGCGUUUUCAGGACGUCCCUACUCCUGUUUUUUUCCUCCUUAUCAUUGACCAAGUAUGAUGUAAGACGUUCUGUUAACAUCUCUGCCCCCACAGCCAAUAAAAGACAAGAGAUUCCAUUGCUAUACUACUGGUCCUUCCACACAGAAACAGCAAAUGCAGCCAGUAGCCUCUCCCCACAAUGUCACUCCUUUGGUUCUUGAUCUUGCUAGGUCUCUUCAGCUUCAUUUCUUCCACAGCUUCUGCUCAGCAACACUACGACGCAUCAGAUUGCGCUGCACCGAAUUCCACCUCCCCUGGUUCCAGAUACACCUGCAACACAACAUCAAGCAGCAGCAGUAGUUCUUCUUGCAGCACAUUUCUGAUCUUCAGGGCUAACCAGAAAUUCAGAACCUUGGCAAGCAUCUCAGAGUUGUUAAGCAGUAGCGUCGAUUCUCUGCAGCGUCUCAAUUCAGGAGUUGCAUCAUCAGUGGAGGUUCUCGAACCGGGCAGGGAAGUUUUUGUUCCUGUACAGUGUUCCUGUUCUGGUCAGUAUUUCCAGUCAGAGUGGGUGACCUACACAGCUCCUUUGAACAAGACCAGUAUAGCAGAUGUGGCGUGUUCGGUGUUCGAGAGCUUGGUGACGUAUAGUACAAUCAUGGAGGCAAAUGGUUUCGACACGGAUCAAGUGGUAGCUGGCACUGCCAUUCAUCUGCCUCUCAAAUGUGCUUGUCCUGAUCAUCACGAUGACAAUUCGACCAACGGAGGGUUGAACUACCUUGUUACGUAUCCUGUGUUUGAAGGUGACGUGCUGACUGAAAUCGAUGACAAAUUCGGGAUUUCAGCUGAGGAUUUGUUCAGGGUCAAUGGCCUCGAUCCUUGGCCUACGAUCUACCCCAACACGACCCUGUUGAUCCCUCUGAAAGAAAGCUCUGUGAGGAUCAACAUGACUAGUCACUCUUCUUCUCCACCUCCACCAGCUCCAGUCUUUCUCCCCACGAUCAUCGUCGAGAGACGUUCAUCGAGAAACACUACAAGGUUAAAAAGAAGCUUCUACAUCGCGGUAUCAGUCAUUGGGUUCUUCAUUUUAGUAGCAGCAGUGUUUGCUUUCGGUAUGUACAUGAGUGGUAGGAAGAAAGAGAAGAUUCAGAAGCUGCUUUCGUUCAACACAAGCGUCUCUCAACUAACUUGCUCCACACCGAAAAGCUCAGCCACGGGUUUAACUCCAUGUUUGUCUCCUGAUCUUCUAGUUGGGAUCAAGUACUCCUUGAGAAGUUACAGCAUAGACGAGCUGAGGAUAGGAACGAACGAUUUCAGCGAUGAGAACAAGAUUGGAGAUGAGGGUUACAGAGGGUUGAUUGAUGAUGUUGAGGUGAUGGUGAAGCCAUUGAUGUUUGACGACACUAGGCAAGUGGUUGAUAUUCAUUCUAGAAUCAACCACAUCAACAUCGUGGCCUUGCUUGGUGUGUGUUAUGAUCAUGGAGACGACUCUUGCAUUGUUCUUGAGCUGCCUAGCAAUGGCUGCUUGAGAAAUUGUCUCGCGAAUCCAUCAAGCCACCUCCGGUGGAAUAGAAGAACGCAGAUAGCGUUCGAUGUAGCUACAGGACUUCAUUACCUUCACUACUGCAUCUUCCCUUCGUAUGCUCAUAUGAGUGUGAACACUAGGAACAUUUUUGUGACCUCGAAUUGGAGGGCCAAGCUCACAAAUAUCAGGACCAACCCCAGCAGUGGUCAAAGUCCAAGUCACAAAGGGUGGUUACCUCCUGAGUAUAACGGGUCAGCUUCCGAUAAAGUUGACAUCUUUGCAUUUGGGGUGGUCCUACUAGAGCUGAUAUCAGGAAGGGAGGAUACUGAUGGAACUUCAUUCAAGGAAUCACUUGGCUUCCUUGGAGGUGGAGCUGGCGAAGGAGGAUGUUUCGAACAGCUGAGGAGCUUCGUCGAUCCAUGUCUAGAAGGAAACUAUCCUCUCGCGGAGGCUCUAUGUCUAUCUGUUUUAGCAAAGGCAUGUGUGGAGGAUGACCCCCUGCAUCGGCCUUCUAUGGAUGAUAUCCUCAAAGUUCUCGUCAGGAUGGUCUGAAAUGACCCUCCAGCUGCAAGGAAAACCUGGAGAAACCCAUUCAGAAGCAUCUAUAGUUCUUUAUGGUAAGAAUUAGCUUACCCUUCAUCACCAUUUUUGUUUCACUUGCAAUAUAAAAUUGUUUUGAGGCAUUCUGAGUAGAAGGGACAAAAGGGAUGAGCACCAACUGACGCUUAGCAUAUGCUAGAGAACAGAUAGCUUUCAAGAUCCAUUUUUGUGCUCUUUAGAUGUCUUUCUCAUAUCAUUUCUUUAUGAUGAACCAUACCCCAGCAGCUCAACUUGCCUGUUGGACGGAACUGAAUUAAUUUAUGGGUAUGAUUUGUUUGACUUGUGUCUUGUUCUAGAGCCACCACUUAUGAGGUCACACACUCUUGGAUAUAUGCAAAUGUCUUCAGGAAUAUAUCAACUGCAACUACUUACUCCUGUUAAAAAAAUUCAUGUCUGGAAUCCUUCUGGAAAUUUGAUGCAACUGAAUUUUGUUUUUCAUUUUUGCAGAGAAGCUGGGCUCUUUUGACUGAAUUAACAAUAUGUAUGAUGGAAAUGCAAGAACUGGAUCUUCUUCUCCACACUGCUUUCACCUAGCAGUCUGCUUUCUUCUGAUCCAUUAAUCCACAUACUGUCAAUGGUUUCAUUUCAGGCACGUCCUUACAGCAGCAGCAGUUAGUCUUCUCUUGGGUUAUGUGGAGGUUUUGGUGCCAGUUGGAUGAGUCUGAUUCGAGUUGGAUUUGGGUUUAUAAAAUCGAUCAACCGCAUCAGCUUGUUAGGGAGUUUAUGUAACAUUUUCUAUAUGUUCAGUUUGUACGAAAAGAACAGUACAGAAAUGGAAGCAAUGACCAUUUUCGGUUGGUACAAAGUUAAGCAAAGAGAUCAGUUUUGGUGGCUGUUAUGUUAUUGAACCCAAAUUUAAGAGGCCAAUGAUGUAAAUCACCCGAAUUUAAUUGUGUGUAAUUUACCAUCCUGUCCUUUAUAAAUUGCAAAUUUGGUUAUGGGUUUUAUGUCUUUGCGUGUCGAGUUUUAACCAUGGUCUAUUAAACCGUACCGCCGGUUCAACCACAAAAUACCAGUAUCGGAGGCUAAAUCGAUAGGCGGUAUUUAACGGUACUAAUGGUUGAACUACGGUUAAAUCACGGUUUUGUCAUAAAAUACCUUAUCGCUG